AGGCGCACUGCGCCGGGGGCCGGCCGCGCGACCGCUUCACUGACGUCAAAACAAUCCGCGACGGCGGCUGCUGUUGCUGCGGAGCUGCUCCCGGUAUCCUGCCGAUCCCAGUGUCCCGCUCUUCCCGGACCGACCGGCGAUCUUCUUGGACGCCCAUCAAAUUUCACUUUUCAAAUCAUGGAGGGAGAACAGAUUAUGGAGGGACAGCCACAGGUUCCGGAAAAUCCUCAUUCCGAAUACGGCCUCACUGAAAAUGUAGAGAGGAUAGUAGAAAAUGAGAAGCUAAAUGCCGAGAAAACAUCAAAGCAGAAGGUGGAUCUUCAGUCAUUACCCACACGUGCCUACUUGGAUCAGACAGUUGUACCUAUCUUGCUACAGGGACUUGCUGUUCUUGCAAAAGAGAGCUCUUGCAUCAACUUGGAAUCUCAAAGCAACAGUUCCAGUACUAAGGGAAGCUGUCCCUGCCAGCAGUGUGCCAUCCACUCAGCUGCUGAUGUCACUGGUAAGGAAGAAACUGCCAACAGACGCAUGUGUGCAGCAGAGGUCUGUGUUUUGAGGGUGUGCAAACCUGGGGGAUUGUCCAUGCAUUGUAUCAGAGCUGGAUGUUAUUGUAUUGGAAUAACAGCUUGGAACUGUUAAGAGCUCCUGUUACUG